CUUAUAUCGUCGGCCAUUGAUUUCCGUCAGGGACUUUAACAAGAAGCAGCUAGGUUAUUUUCCGGGGGUCACCUUUUCUAUUGAACAGAGAGGUUUUUCUGUUCGUAGAGUAGUGUGUUCUUCUGACAGUCGGUUACCGUUAGGCUGCCUUGUCGCCUGCAGAUUGUGUCGACAUGUCACUCCUAUCGACAGACAUAUUGUUGUGACAGGGCGCUCCCAGCGCGAUAAAGACAACUUCGCCUAAAUGUGGCUGUCACGAACAGAUAAUGAUGAAUAACCGCCAGGAACCCACGAUGUAAUAGACAUUAUCAUUUGCCGUUAGUGUUGGCUGGACACGAAGGAGGACGUUGACCUAACCGUGUUUUUAUGUUGGAAUUCGCUGGCCUCCUCGUAUGUGAAAUGGAACAUGCUCGUUCGCACUUUCUUGCUAUGUUUUGGUCAUUUGGUAGGUAGCUGGCAAGCCAACGCACUUGAGUUUGUUUUUCUUGCUUUUAUGUGUCUGAGUCGCUCACUAGCUGUCUUGCAGAAUGGGACUGUUGCUGUUGCAAUUGUCAAAAUGUCCAGGCGUGAAUAUUUUGAAGCGCGAGGUUCACUCCCGUGUACAUAAACUAUUUUGGUUAGAAUGCCAGACGUCCAGGGGACAACGAGAGGUGAGUGGGAAAAGGUUCGAACCUGUGGCACGCUCUUCGCUUUCACACCCGAGGAGAUGCAACUCUCUUGUGCCCUGUGUACCACUUAGACAGUUCACCAUACCCCCCCAUUUGUUGAGGAACUCAUGGACAGCAACUGUACACUUUGCCAACUACAGCUCUUCGACAGACUCAAAACAAGCAACACAACAAGAAGUUGACAGCAAAGAUCUGCAGUCAACGGAAACAAAACAAUCCCCAACUCGGAUACCCACUGAGGAUGUGAAAAGGAUUUUACAACUUGCCCACCCUGAGCGCUUGCGACUGUCAGCGGCUGUGGGCUUCCUAAUGGUCUCCAGCGCUGUCACAAUGUCGGCUCCCUUCUUCCUGGGCCAUGUCAUUGACACCAUCUACACCAGCUCUUCAGAGGACUUCAGUGCCUCCCUCCGCUCUCUGUGUAUCAUGCUUUCAGGGGUAUUCCUUUGUGGGGGCGCCGCUAAUGCUGCCCGUGUCUACCUCAUGCAAAUCUCAGGUCAACAGAUUGUGAGAAAUCUACGUGUAUUCCUAUUCUCCUCGAUUCUGAGGCAGGAGGUAGGUUUCUUUGAUAAGACCCGUACCGGGGAACUCAUUAACCGCCUAUCUGCAGACACGGCACUCAUCGGCCGCUCCGUCACAGACAACCUUUCUGACGGGCUCCGCGCUGUCGCCCAGGCAACAGCUGGGGUCAGCAUGAUGUUUUAUGUGUCACCAAGUUUAGCAGCCUUUGUGCUGCUGAUUGUGCCUCCUAUGGCUGGCCUAGCUGUCAUAUAUGGGAGAUACCUGCGCUCCAUAUCCAAACGUACACAGGACUCUCUGGCUGAGGCCACACAGUUGGCAGAAGAACGCAUCAGCAACAUGAGGACAGUUCGGGCGUUUGGUAAGGAGCUGACAGAGGUGGCCAAGUAUACGGAGAAGGCCAACUAUGUUCUCCACCUGGCCAAACAGGAAGCCGUUUUGAGGGCUGGCUUCUUUGGCGCGACUGGACUCAGUGGCAACAUCAUCAUCCUGUCAGUGCUGUAUAAGGGAGGGCUAUUGAUGGCCAGUGAACACAUGACUGUGGGAGAGCUCUCUUCCUUCCUCAUGUACGCCUUCUGGGUGGGCAUUAGCAUUGCAGGUAUGAGCUCGUUCUACUCUGAACUGAUGAAGGGCUUUGGCGCAGGGGCACGGCUUUGGGAGCUACUGGACAGGAAGCCCGAGUUCCCCCUCAAUGAGGGUAUUGUACUGAGGCCGGAGCAGCUUAAGGGUCAACUGGAGUUCCAGAAUGUCUCCUUUGCCUACCCAACCCGCAAAGACGCCCCCAUCUUCCAGGACCUGAGUCUCUCUGUGCCUGCUGGCUCCGUCAUGGCUGUGGUAGGGCCCAGUGGAUCGGGCAAAUCCACUCUGGUCUCCCUGCUGCUCAGGCUCUAUGACCCAGUUGCAGGUGUGAUCACUAUCGACGGGCAUGAUGUGAGAGAUUUGAAUCCUUAUUGGCUGAGGAGUCACAUUGGAACUGUUAGUCAGGAGCCUGUACUCUUCUCCUGUUCCAUCGCUGAGAACAUUGCCUAUGGAGCGCCCGACUCUGGCACGGUCACAGUUCAGGAAAUCCACCAGGCUGCACAGAUCGCCAACGCUUAUGAGUUUGUCCGAGGUUUCCCAAAAGGCUUUGACACUGUGGUGGGAGAGAAGGGUGUUCUUCUCUCAGGUGGUCAGAAACAGAGAAUUGCUAUUGCAAGGGCUCUGCUUAAGAACCCCAAGAUACUUCUACUUGAUGAGGCUACAAGUGCCCUGGAUGCAGAGAAUGAGUUCCUGGUCCAGGAGGCUCUAGAGCGGCUCAUGGAUGGUCGCACAGUGCUGAUCAUCGCCCACCGCCUCUCCACCAUCCAGAACGCUGACGCCGUGGCUGUGCUGGACCAGCGGCGUGUGGUGGAGUGUGGGCAGCAUGCACAGCUCCUGGGCAACCGCCAAGGCCUCUUCAGGAAGCUGAUGGAGAAACAAGCCUUCCUUCAAGAGGGGCAAAAGCAAGCGUUGCGUUGAAAAGAGCUGGGGAGGGGCCUUAAAUGUAGAGAAACUGCCUUUAGCUGUGUGGUGACGUGCUAAUCACGCUGCGCUCUGCUACACUCCUCAGUCUGUCAGUGGUGUGUGUGAAUCAGUUUAAGCUAUUUGCAAGGGAGCAUUUGAAUAUCAACUGGAACAUGGAUGAUUUUAAUAUUGCAGAGCCAUCUCGUAGUGCUGAGGGGGGUUCAUUUUGAGACAGCCAGUAGGUUUGGAUUCUCUUCUUGAGGACACCCAACUUAUUGAGUAUCAUUCUUCAAGCUACAAUAUGUCACUUUUUGGGUGACCUGACCAAAUUUGCAUAGAAAUGUUAUAGAUCAGUCACUCAUUGAAAGCAAGUCUAAGAAGGGGUACAUCUGUUCUAUAUGCGCUAUUUCUAUGCUUCCUGUUAAGUUUUGUCUUUUACUUUCGGUUUUGUACACCAGCUUUAAAAAGCUGGAAAUAUUUUUGAUUCUGAAAAAUAUAUUUCACAGCGGUUAAGAUGGUACAAUGAUUCUCUACACUGUGCUUCCUAGUUUUGUCAAACACUGAAAUUUUUUCACAAAAUUGGGUUGUGCCUUCAGAUAGUGAGUCAUGUGGCUUGCGAUAUAAAGCAGAAGGACAGUCAUCGAGGCAUUCAGUUAUUGUUCGAUUGAAGGUUAGAAUGGGUGAAACGAAUAACCUAAGCGACUUGGAGCAUGGUUUUAUCAUCGGUGCCAGGCAUGCAGGUUCCAGUAUCUUAGAAACGGUCUGCCUCCUGGGCUUUUCACGCACAACUGUGUCUAGGGUUUACCGAGACGUGAGACAAACAAAAAAACAUCCAAUCAGCAGCAGUCCUGUGGGCGAAAACAGCUUGUUGAUGAGAGGUCGAUUGAGAAUGGCAAGAAUAGUGCAAGCUUACAGGCGGACCACAAACAGGCAACUAAUGGCGCACAACGACAUCUUGGAACUCACAACUCAUCCGUCCUUGUCACGGAUGGGCUAUUGCAGCAGACGACCACACCAGGUUCCACUCCUAUCAGCUAAAAACAAGAAGCGGCUCCAGUGGGCACGCAAUCACCAACACUGGACAAUUGAGGAGUAAAAAAACAAACAUUGCCUGGUCUGACAAAUCUUGAUUCCUGUUGCGUCAUGCCAGAGUCAGGAUUUGGCAUAAGCAGCGCGAGUCCAUGGCCCAUCCUGCCUGGUGUCAACAGUAGAGGAUGAUUAGGGUGGUGUGGGGAUUGUUAAUUCCAUUGAUAACAAUUGAGCAAUGUUUCCAUGCCCUGAAGAAUUCAGACUGUUCUGGAGGCAAAGGGGUGUCUGACUCGGUACCAGAUGGUACCUAAUAAACUAGCCACAGUGUGCAUUUAUUUGUUAGAAGUUAUCCAAAACGUGAAGCUAGCAUUGUCAAUUAUGUAGGCCUAUUUCAAAGACAAUGGAAAACAUACAGAACACUGAUAUACAAGCAACAUUGGCAUAAAUGUGGACGAUAAUCAAAUAUCUUACAUUGCAGUUGAUAAAGCAAACAAACCACCACUGAUCAGUUAUGAAAAUGAUGUGCAUAUCCAUGCAAAUGUUCUGCUAUAUCACCUAUUUCACCACUGGCUAUUAUUUCAUUGAUGGAUAGUAUGCUGGAUAUUUGAUUUACAUGAAAUACAAUCACAAAAUUAAUCUUCAAAGAUGCUUUUGGGUGUUCCACUGGUACCAAUUGUACAUUGUACAUUUCUGAACAAUCUAACAUUCAAUAGGUAGAAUUUGACCAAAUCCAUGUUAUCUUGACAGUUGACAGUAUGUAUAACUGAAAGACCUUGCAGACUUUUUAGUAUUUGGAUGUAGAUUUCAGCAAAAUCCUUUCUACUAAUGGGAUAUGUAGAUCUUUAAAAUGUGGCAUUAUACGCUCACAUUAUCAAAUAACAUUUAUUUUCUUAUCUGACACUGAUGAAUAGAUUUCUCACUUACCUGUGACACUGGAUGUACUGUGCCUGGAUUGUACUGCAAAGAAACAUUCACUGCUCUGUUUUGUGCCAUUUUGCUCCUCACAUUUUAAUCUUGGAUUCAGUAGUCAUCCUUGUGCAAUAGAAUGGCAAGAACAAGAAUGGUAGGGAGAUUUUAAAUAACUUUGAGCUUCAACCAAUGCCAUACCAAUGUGUUUGUGUGUAAGUCCUAUAUCCAUGUUCUCUACAGAAGGCUCCUUGGUAAAAUCAGCAUGUUGUAAUAAUGUAUUCAAAUAUAAUAUUUUAAUGAUUUUGUGUGCUAAAUUAUUAGGCCUUUGAAAAAUAAACGAUUUUAAUAAUA